AUACCUUACCUCUCCUUACCUUACCAUACCUUACUUUACCAUGCCAGACCUUACCUCUCCUUACUGUACCUCACAUGUGGGCUAUAUUCGCUCAUCUAAACCAUGAGCCUCAACUAAUUAUCGUACCGUUUGCAUCAGGGCGAGCGACUUUACAUCUGCUUUGCCUCGUUGAACAAGGAUCAACAUUUUCCAAACCAUCUCUGACCUUUGAACUGCGGGUGUGUUUGCUCGAGGUUCGUCCAACUUCCUGUUCUGUAACUGUUUUCAUUUAAGUCUUCUCAAGUGACUUCUUCAUUAAAAACAACUGUUGUCUUCCGUCGCCUGUGAGCAAAAAAGAUGUUGAUCAGCCUCAGAUGAAAAUGAUUCAUUGUUCAUCAUAUAACUGGUCCAGCUCCACGUUCACAGUUAGUUCUGUCCUUAUUAAUCAUAUCUGAGUGUGUGACAGGUAGAAAUCCACCUCAGUCACAGAGUGGACCGGCUCCUGUGAUGGGACAGAGGAGAUCACGUGACCGGCUUUGCAUAAGACAGGAUUCAAUUUGCAAUAAAGAUCAGAAGCGAGAGGAAGAAGAUGCAGACGGAGAUAAAAGAAAAGAAGGAUCGGUCAGAUUUAAAAGAGAGAUUGAAAAUGUCAUCAUCAUCAUCAUCAUCCUGCAGUCCAGUGUGUUCAGGCGUGAGAGGAGCCGUGUGGUGUUCUCUCCUUCUGUCAGGACUGAGUUCAGGUCUUCACCAGUAUCACUUCGUUGACCAACCGAAGAGCUGGUCCGCUGCACGACUGCACUGCAGACAAGCGUUCACCGACCUGGCCACUGUUGACAACAUGGCCGACAUGCAGCGGCUGGUUGCAGCCGCCGGCGCCGGUUACCAGGGCAAAGUGUGGAUCGGCCUGAUCGACCGAUCACACCAGUGGCUGUGGUCUCUGGCUGAUCGUAGCUUCUACGGAGAGAAGGGUUGGGACUUCAGGAGGUGGAUGAGCGGCCAGCCGGACCUCAGGAGAACACAUAGGCAGCUUUGCGCCACGGUCGAGGGCGGCAGGUGGUACGAUUAUCCGUGCAACAAGAGUCACACCUUCGUCUGCUACAACGGGACAAACACGACCGACUUGACGACCAUUUCCAUCCAGAGGUAUUUCUUCGUAAACGACAGUAAGUCGUGGUGGGACGCCCAGGCUCACUGCCGACGGCACCACACCGACCUGGCCAGCGUGAGGAACGAGACGGAGAAUUCCCUGAUCCAGCAGGUGGUGCCGAGCGGCCAGCGGGCUGCGAUCGGCCUUCACAGACGCACCUGGGACCGCUGGUCGGACGGCACCUCCUCCACCUUCAGUCACUGGGCGGACGGACAUCCACAGGCCGUAGGUCCCAACUGUGUCGCCAGUGUGAUCGAAGGCGUUCACCGCGGGACGUGGACAGAAAACAGCUGUGGAUCUCAAUUUCCCUUCAUGUGCCACAACAACAAGAAGCAGCUGUUCAACAUUAAGCUGACGGCCCUGAAGCCCACAGUCGACCUGAAUCAGCCUGACGUGACAGACGCCGUCUUGAACCUGAUCGAGGUCGGGAUGAAGGAGCGCGGGAUCACCAGAGGUUUCAAAACUGUCUGGAUCAAAAAACUCCGGGAAAAUAUCUUCCACAGAAAAGACGGUCGUGGAAAUUAGAUGUGAGUCGACUGGCAGCAGGGGGAAGGUUCAGCGUGUGAGAUGUUUAUGACUCAUAACGUGAUAUUAGAUGACAUUUAAUUCUCUCGUAUCUGAUAGUUUCAUAUG